AUGCCCGUCACGGCGUCCCGUGCCGUGCUGCGGCAAUCGCAGUUCCUGACCCGGAGGACCGCGGUCAGACACGCCUCUUCCACCUCCGAGACUGCCUCCAAGGCUGGUGAGACUGCUUCUUCUGCUGCCUCCAAGGCCUCUGAGGGUCUCUCUCGCGCCGCUUCCACCGCUGGCCCUGCUCUCAACAAUGCCGCCGCUGCGUUGAGAAAGGUUGGUGGAAGGACCGGAAAGGUCAUUUCCUUCGUUGAUUCUAUGAUACCCCCUACUGUCUACUACUCCAAGGUCGGCAUUGAGGUCGCCAGAUUGGUUUUCCGUGGCCAGAACAUGUCUCCCCCUAACAUGGCCACCUUCCAGUCUUACUUCCAGCCUCUCAUCAACGCCACCCGCAACCCUGCCGCCCUUAAGAACGUCUCUCCCUCAAACAUCCUGUCCUGCAUCCGCAACGCCAGCAAGAAGGAGAUCGCUCUUGCCGGUGUCGCUACUGCCGAGGUUAUUGGAUUCUUCACCGUCGGCGAAAUGAUCGGUAGAAUGAACAUUGUCGGCUACAGGGGGGAACCAGAGCACCACCACUAAAUAACUACAAACAAUCACGCCUAACCUGUCUUUUAACAAUUUCCUUUUUCCUUGCGUGCUGUACUAUUGUAUGAUAGACGAUGGAAUAUAAACUGUUGUCUGGUUAAGUCUUGACAGGGCAUGGCUUUAAUGGGUAUUGAGGGUAUGGAAUGUCCUUGUGCCUGUGGCGAUUCCGCAGUUGCAUGAGGUUGAUAUGUGGGCUUCUUUUUUUGUCUUUUUCUAUCAAAAGUUCUGAUACGAUUGAAGACUGCAUUCUAUACCAUUGAUUUAGUAGAAUUAGACUGAAUGUUGAAGUAAUCUAUUCGCAUUGUUUUCAUGUCUUAACUCCGGCAUCGGCCAAGCUCAGACACCAUAAUAUCCAGUCAAUGAGACUAUUUCCGAUAAGCAGC